AUGGAAGUGCGUCCUACACUGGAAACACCACCAGGCCCCAAUCGUCUGGUGUUUUGCUCAGCAAACUUGGCGGCGUAUUCCUACAUGGUGCACACCAGCUCGCCAGGCUCCAACUUCCACUUGAACUUCCACAGCAGCUACCUCGUUCCUCUCAAGUACACAACGGACGGUGCUUUGACAACCCUUGGCGACGAGGAAUCCGGUCCCUGUCUAGACAUGGAGGAAGUGAAGAAGGAAUUUCAGCACGUCGGCGGUGCGCAGGGCACUCGUGCGUUCCAAUCGGCUACCAAUCGCAUGGUCCGAAGCAAGCUGAAGCCGUUUACGCGCCCGCGAGCCCCGAACAGAAGACGUGCUGCGCGUCCAAAGCGUCGUGCCAGAGACCUGAUCCCCUUUCGAAGUACUCCCGCUCAAAGUAUCCCCUUUCGAAACAUCAUCUGGGCCCAGCUCAAGAAGCAACUAAAGGAGAUCCGAUUUGGAACUCUGCCUUCGCCGAAGAACAACCACCAUAAGUGGUGCGAGGACCAGGAUGCCUUACUCGAGUUCCCUCCCCUCCGCGAUAUCGAAUUCUCCCAACGCAGAUCUGCUCCCUUCGCGCCGAAGUGGCCAGAUAACAUCGCUUCGGCUAUCGGUUACGUCGUGGGCGAGGUCGCCGAGGUUCCGUGCGGAAGAUGUAGCCAAGGCAAGGGUUUAUUCGAAAAGUGCAUCCUGCCACCGCCCGCACUGAAGCAGUCGUUCGACAGUCGCUGGUGCUGCUUCAACUGCCGCUACAACUGGCAGUCCCAUUGCUGCUCGUUGCGUCAGAAGAGCAAGGCGCAACGUCGUCUUGGCGAUGAAGAUCACGUUGGCGGACGAGGCGGUAGCCCUAUACUUGGAGAGGACCAUGAUGUUGUACAGUUUGGCGAUGAGGAUCAUGGCGUUGAAUCAGCGAAGGCCGACGAGCCUGAUGCCGCUCUCCCGGCUGUCCUAGGAGGACCAGCUGCCCCAGUUGUGGCUUUGAACCGAGAUAGCCUCAACAGACUGAACCAACUCUGGAUCAUCCCCCGCGGAAUCCGCCUGGGCUCGGAGUUUGUGGAAGCUCGCCAAGGCUACGAAAUCGAUGCCCACGAUAGCCACGUGCGCGUUGUGACGGUUCUCGGUGGUGUUGUUACCUUGAAAGUCAAAGGGGAAUACCACGAAAUUUGCCAAGGAGGCGCUUUCGUGGUAACCUCUGGCUCGGCUUGUGGGGUGAGAAACGAGGGCCCGGAGCGUGCUGAGGUUAUGUGGACCAUCGUUGAAUUGGGUGCGGCUUGA